AACCGCGUCGGUCGGCUGGAGUAGUGCAGACAACGCGGAGAGGAGCACAGCAGCAGCAGCAACAGCACUAGCUCUUCAGCAUCACACAGACACACAGCUCAGAUACCUGAGAUCUUCCGAUUUUUUUCGAGGGACGAGUGAAAACUUGGCAGUCGACAUGAUUUACGCACUGAUACUCCUCUCCUGCGCGGUAGCGGCCAGCCAGGCCCAAUACCCCGGUGCUCCAGGUAGCUAUGCGGCUGCACCAGGCUUUGGACCUCCGGCGCCAACCGGCCAAGACGGAACCGUCGUCGACACCCCCGAGGUCGCCCAGGCCAAGGCUGCACACUUCGCUGAGUUUGCCCGCGCCGCCGCCCGUGCCGCCGAGGACAAGUCCCAGGAGACUGGAGCCUACGGACCCCAGUACACCGGCCCCAGCCGCCAGUCAUUCGGCUAUCCCGGGCAGCCCGUGCCAGCCGCCGCUGGAUCCCCCUUUGCCCGUGCCAGCUACAACCCAGCCCCAGCCCCGGUCCACUACCAGCCCCAGCCUGGACCAGCUCCCGCCUACCACCAGCAGGCCCACUUCGGACCCGAGCCCAAGGCUUACCAGGGACCCGCCGGAGCUAAGGCUCCCUUCGUGCCCGCUCCUCUCGCUGAGGACGGAACCGUCGUCGACACCCCCGAGGUCGCCGCUCUGAAGGCCGCCAGGCUCCAGGAGCUCGCUGACGCCGAGGCUAGGGCCUACAAAUACGGAGGAGACGAGUACUCCGGUGAGGGACAAGGCCAAUACCAAGCUGGACCCCAAUCUGGCCAAUACCAAGCUGCACCCCAGGCUGGCCAAUACCAGGCCCCCCGAUCAUCCUACCCCGGUGCUCCUGGUGCUUACCCCGGUGCUCCCCAGGGAUUCGCUGGCACCGCACGUUCGUACCAGCCCCAGCCUCAGGCUUACCAGCAGCCUCAGUACCAACAGCCCCAGUACCAGCAACCACAGAGCUAUCAGUCCCAGUACUGAGCAAUUCACAGCUCACCAACGAUGGGCGAUCUCGGCGUGAUUUUUCCACGUCUCUUUACCAUACUGCGUUAAUACCUGUACAUAAUUUAGGCCAAUAAUAAAUUUUUUUUCUACAAAAAAUU